GAAGAGAACAAAAGUACCAUCAGUCCAAAACCUCCACCCAAAAGCAUAACUUCCUCCAGAUACUCCUUUCCCUCCCUCUUCCCACCAACCUUCCAUCUUCUUCCAUCCCUUCUUUCUUCUCUCUGUAAUCUGUAACAGUUAACAAUCACAGGCAGUUCAGAUUCCUACUCCUCCACUUUCAAUGGCCUCCUCCUCCUCCACGUUUGUCCUCUCAACCAUCUUCUCUUCCUGUCCUCCCCAAUCCCUAAACCCAAACAAGCCCAAGACCCCCUCCUUUUCAUCCACCCGCCAAACCCUCAAAGCUUCUACCUUUCUGAAAGCCAACCAACAACCCACUUUCCACCCCAUCCCUCGCAACCAAAUUCACUUGUCCCGCAAAUUUCGCACCUUCAUCACCGUCAGAGACGGCAGCGACGGCGACGGCGACGAGCAGCCGGUGGUGGGGGAGGACUCGGCUGAGUUUGUGUUGUCGAAGCAGAAGCUGUCCUCGUGGAUUUAUUUCACUGCAAUUCUGGGUACUGUUCUGUUCAUACUCAAUGUUGCUUGGCUGGAUAAUUCCACCGGACUCGGAAAGCCCUUCGUCGAUGCGGUUUCGGAACUUUCCGAUAGCCCUGAGGUUGUGAUGUUGAUCCUGAUUCUAAUAUUUGCCAUUUUCCAUAGUGGUUUGGCUAGUCUACGUGAUGCAGGUGAGAAACUUAUUGGUGAACGUGCUUUCCGUGUUUUGUUUGCGGGGACAUCUUUACCACUGGCUGUUACAACUGUUGUGUUCUUUAUUAACCACAGGUACGAUGGACUACAGUUAUGGGAUGUGAAGAAUGUAUUUGGUGUCCAUGAACUUGUGUGGCUCUCAAAUUUCGUUUCGUUCUUAUUCCUUUAUCCCUCAACUUUCAAUCUACUAGAGGUAGCAGCCGUUGACAAGCCCAAAAUGCAUCUUUGGGAAACUGGGAUUAUGAGAAUAACCAGGCAUCCACAGCUGGCCGGACAGGUAAUAUGGUGCCUGGCUCACACGAUUUGGAUAGGGAACUCCGUGGCGGUGGCAGCUUCUCUUGGUUUAAUCGGACACCACCUGUUUGGUGCUUGGAAUGGUGACAGGAGAUUAGCUGUAAGAUACGGGGAGGCCUUUGAAGUUGUUAAGAAACGAACAAGUAUCAUACCAUUUGCAGCGAUUCUUGAUGGCCGACAAAAGUUGCCCAAAGAUUACUACAAGGAAUUUAUUCGGUUGCCAUAUUUGUCAAUCACUGCGUUGACGUUAGGUGCAUACUUUGCACACCCCCUUAUGCAGGCAGCCAGUUUUCGGCUCCAUUGGUAGGAACAAGAUACAAAUGCAUAUGAUUUGUACCGGACUGCGAACGGGAAGCUGGAACUGUAUAUAAACUGUGCAAGAGAGACAGGUUAGGUUCCUCGAGACGUGCUAAUCAUAGCCACUAGUCGCAAGCAUGUUGUAUGUCCCUGAUAUGCACUGGUAUCAUUAAUCAAUUUAUCAAGAAAUUGAGUAUAUAACAUGUUUUAUGUACGGGAUAAGGCUUCAAUGCUACGUAUCAGUCAAUGUUACAGGUAUUUUAAGCCGUUA